AUGCAGGAGUCGGACACCACGGUGUGCCAGCUGCAGCCCAACAUCAUCUCGGUGGGCCUGUUCAAGAGGAAGAUGGGAGGCCUGGGCUUCCUAGUGAAGCAGCGAGUGUCCAAGCCGCCCGUCAUCGUGUCGGACCUGAUCCGGGGCGGUGCCGCCGAGGAGUGCGGGCUGGUCCAGGUGGGCGACAUCAUCCUGGCGGUGAACAAUAAGCCCCUGGUGGACCUGUCCUACGAGCGCGCCCUGGAGACGCUGAAGAACGUGUCGCCCGAGACCCAUGCCGUGCUCAUCCUGCGCGGCCCAGAGGGCUUCACCACCCACUUGGAGACCACCCUGUCCGGGGACGGCCGGCAGCGGACGGUGCGCGUCACCCGGCCCGCCUUCCCGGCGUCCAAGUCGUACGAGCGCAGCUACCCGGCCAGCCCCGUGGGGGGGCAGGCGGCCCAGCAGCAGGCCCACAAAGAGGUGCAGCUCCGGGCCAUAGAGAACCUGUCCUCGCCCGCCAACACGCCCUCCAAGUUCCAGAGGGGCGGCGUGCAGGCGCUGAUCGCGGCCCAGGACCCCCUGCUGCGGGGGGACCCCCUGCUGAUGAGGGAGGGGCUGCGCGGGGCGCUGCUCCACAACGGGGUGGAGGAGAACAAUGACCUGCUGAAGGAGAUCGAGCCCGUGCUGCGGCUCAUCAGGAACAGUAAGAGGGAGCUGAACGGAGAGGGCCAGCGGAUCGCCGAGCGCCGCGACGCCGAGAUACAAGUGGACCGGGACCUUUGCGGUGGAAACGAUACUUCCCCGCAGCUGUUGUCAGGGAACGGCAAACCAGCCGAGGAUUUGUCCAAGAGGGACAACAUGCCGACGUCGACCGAUGACCCUGAAACUGACAAGCUCCCCGCCCCCGGCACAACCUCACCCAGCAAGUCUGUCCAGCACGGCAGCCCCUCCAAAUGCCCCCGCUUCAUGAAGAUCAAGAACUGGGAGAGUGGCACCGUUUACAGCGACACCCUUUACCACAGCGCCAGCGAGCUUCAAAUAAACGGUGUCUUUGUGUCGGCGCUAGGGUUCGGCUCCAAGGCCCACGUGGACCGGCUGGAGGAGGUGACCAAGGAGAUCCAGACAUCCAACACCUACCAGCUGAAAGACACAGAGCUGAUCUAUGGGGCCAAGCAUGCCUGGAGGAAUGCUGCACGCUGUGUAGGGAGGAUCCAGUGGUCCAAGUUACAGGUGUUUGAUGCCAGGGACUGCGCUACAGCACAUGGAAUGUACAACUACAUCUGUAACCACAUCAAGUACGCCACCAACAAAGGCAACCUGAGAUCUGCAUCCCAGCAGGGCUGGAAGCCUCCCAAGGGCCCGCUUCGAUGUGCUGCCGCUCCUUCUGCAAGCCAACGGCACGACCCGGAGCUGUUUGAGAUCCCGGAUAGACCUCAUCCUGAAGUCCACAUGUCACACCCCAAGUUUGACUGGUUUAAGGAUCUGGGCCUCAAGUGGUACAGCCUCCCCGCCGUGUCCAACAUGCUGAUGGAGAUCGGGGGCCUGGAGUUCAGCGGCUGCCCCUUCAGCGGCUGGUACAUGGGCACGGAGAUCGGCGUGAGAGACUUCUGCGACAGUUCUCGCUAUAACGUCAUGGAGGAGGUGGCGAAGAGGAUGGGCUUGGACACCAGGAAGACAUCGUCCUUGUGGAAAGACCAGGCGCUGGUGGAGACAAACAUUGCAGUUCUCCAUAGCUUCCAGUCGGCCAAGGUGACGAUCGUGGACCACCACUCGGCCACCGAGUCCUUCAUGAAGCACAUGGAGAACGAGUUCCGGGUGCGCGGAGGCUGCCCGGGGGACUGGGUGUGGAUCGUUCCCCCCAUGUCCGGGAGCAUCACGCCCGUCUUCCAUCAGGAGAUGCUUAACUACCGCCUCACCCCCUCCUUCGAGUACCAGGCUGAUCCAUGGAACAACCACGUAUGGAAGGGAGUCAAUGGAACGCCCACGAAGAAGAGAGCCAUCGGAUUCAAGAAGCUUGCAAAGGCAGUGAAGUUCUCUGCCAAGCUGAUGGGUCAAGCCAUGGCCAAGCGGGUCAAAGCCACCAUUUUGUUUGCCACAGAGACGGGCAAAUCCCACGACUACGCCAAGACGCUCUGUGAGAUCUUCAAGCAUGCAUUUGAUGCCAAGGUCAUGGCUUUGGACGAGUACGACGUCGUGGAUCUUGAACAUGAGACUCUGGUUCUGGUGGUGACCAGCACAUUCGGCAAUGGAGAUCCGCCUGAAAAUGGAGAGAAAUUUGGGGCAGCCUUGAUGGAGACGCGACACCCGACAUCGAGCACAGAGGACAGGAAGAGCUACAAGGUCCGCUUCAACAGUGUGUCCUCUUACUCAGACACACGCAAAUCCUCCAGCGACGAGCCAGAGGCCAGGGUCAAUUUUGAGAGCACUGGACCUUUCGCCAAUGUCAGGUUUUCCGUGUUUGGCCUUGGCUCGCGGGCCUAUCCUCACUUCUGUGCCUUUGCCCACGCCGUGGACACGCUGUUCGAGGAGCUGGGGGGCGAACGCAUCCUCCGCAUGGGCGAGGGCGACGAGCUCUGUGGCCAAGAGGAGUCCUUCAGAACCUGGGCCAAGAAGGUCUUUAAGGCCAACCACUCAUUGAUCAGCAACGACCGCAGCUGGAAGAAAAGCAAGUUCCGGCUGACCUACACAGCCGAGGCCCCCACCCUCACCGACGCAUUGAAAAGCGUUCACAAGAAGAAGGUCUAUGGGGCAAAGAUGAUAGAAUCCCAAAAUCUACAGACGGCCAAGUCAAAUCGCUCCACCAUCUUCGUGCGGCUCCACACGAAUAACCAUGAGAAUCUGGGCUACAGACCUGGCGAUCAUUUGGGCAUCUUCCCCGGAAACCACGAGGACCUGGUGAUGUCACUCAUAGACAAGCUGGAGGACGCUCCGCCCGUCAACCAGAUCGUCAGGGUGGAGUUUCUGGAGGAGCGGAACACCGCCUUAGGUGUGAUCAGUGUGAUCAGCGUGAUCAGUAACUGGACCGAUGAGAACCGCAUCCCGCCGUGCACUAUCUCCCAGGUCUUCCAGUACUUCCUGGACAUCACCACGCCGCCCAGCCCUGUCCUGCUGCAGCAGUUUGCCUCACUGGCAACCAAUGAGAAGCAGAGGAACAAACUGGAGGUCCUCAGUAAGGGCUUGCAGGAGUACGAGGAGUGGAAGUGGUUCAACAACCCAACCCUGGUGGAGGUGCUGGAGGAGUUCCCCUCGAUCCAGAUGCCUUCCACCCUGCUGCUCACUCAGCUGCCCCUGCUCCAACCACGCUACUACUCCAUCAGCUCCUCUCCGGACGUCCAUCCAGGGGAGAUCCACCUCACCGUGGCCGUCGUCUCCUACCGACCCCGAGAUGGAGAGGGGCCGAUUCACCACGGAGUGUGCUCUUCUUGGCUCAACAGGAUAGAGGAGGGCGAGAUGGUGCCGUGUUUUGUGCGCGGCGCUCCGUUGUUCCAGCUGCCCAAGGACCACAAAGUCCCCUGUAUCCUGGUGGGUCCAGGGACCGGCAUCGCACCGUUCAGAAGCUUCUGGCAACAGAGACUGUACGACAUCGAAAACAAAGGCAUUGAGUCUGGCUCCCUGGUCCUGGUGUUUGGCUGCCGGCAGUCCCAGAUGGACCACAUCUACAAGGAGGAGACCAUUCAGGCUAAGAACAAGGAAGUGUUCAAAGAGCUCUACACGGCUUACUCCAGAGAGCCUGGAAAACCAAAGAAGUAUGUACAGGACGUGUUGCGGGAGCAGCUGGCGGAGACAGUGUACCAGUCCCUGAAGGAGGAGGGGGGACACCUCUACGUGUGCGGGGACGUGACCAUGGCCGGAGACGUCCUGAAGACCAUCCAACACAUCGUCAAACUGCAGGGAAACAUGAGCCACGAGGACGCAGGCUUCUUCAUCAGCAAGCUCAGAGACGAGAAUCGCUACCACGAGGAUAUCUUUGGAGUCACGCUGCGUACCUACGAGGUCACCAACCGGCUUCGCUCUGAGUCCAUCGCCUUCAUCGAGGAGAGCAAGAAAGAUCCGGACGAGUGA